UCAUCGUUCUUGCCUGUACAUCAACCUAGAAGGCAACCUAGCUAGACCAGCUAUCUGAGUUGAAACUCCGGCGGCCGGCAACCACCGUGCAAAGAUUUUCCACGGCUAGCUAACUCGUGGGUGAUCUCCUCAUCUGCUGCUGAUCAAUGGAGUGCAAGGGCGUGAACGGCCAGUCCCCCAAGCCCAAGGUUGUUUUCGUGCUUGGAGCCACGGCCACCGGAAAGUCCAAGCUCGCCAUCUCCCUCGCCCGGCGCUUCGGCGGCGAGGUCAUCAACUCCGACAAGAUCCAGGUGUACGACGGCGUGCCAAUACUGACCAACAAGGUGACCGAGGAGGAGAGCGCCGGCGUGCCGCACCACCUCCUGGGUGGCGUGCAUCCCGACGCCGACUUCACCGCGGACGACUUCCGCCGCGUGGCCGAGGCCGCCAUCUCCCGCGUCAUCUCCGCGGGCCGCCUCCCCGUCGUUGCCGGUGGGUCCAACAACUACGUAGAGGCGCUGGUGGAGGCCGACGGCGCCGCGUUCCGCGCCGCCCACGACUGCCUCUUCCUCUGGCUCGACGCCGCGCCGGGUUUGAUGGAGUGGUACACCGGCCUGCGCGUCGACGACAUGGUGCGGCGCGGCCUGGUGGACGAGACGCGCGCCGCCUUCGAGGAGGGCGCGGACUACACCCGCGGCGUGCGGCGGGCCAUCGGCCUCCCUGAGAUGCACGAGUACCUGCGGGCGGAGCGGGAGGGCGCCGUCGGCGCGGCCGAGAUGGCGGCCCUGCUCGAGCGCGCCGUGCGCGAGAUCAAGGCCAACACGUUCGGCCUCGUCCUCCAGCAGGCGGCCAAGAUCCGCCGCCUCAGCACGCUGGAAGGCUGGGACGUCCGCCGCGUCGACGCCACCGCCGUCUUCGCGUCCAUGGCCGAGGGCUCGGGCGGCCACAAGGAGGUCUGGGAGUCGGCCGUGUGGGCACCGUGCCAAGAGAUGGUGCGCCUUUUCCUCCAUGCUGAAGCUGCCACUCUGCCAACUGAUCUCGAGGUGGAUGAGGCUAUGGCUGGGCUUUCCCUCGGUGUCUCGGUUAUCCCCGUUGCUGCAGUCGGUGACGUCGGCGACGAUGAUGUAAGCGUUGUCCUGACCCCGCCAACAGUACUGCACGAGCAUGAGAAUGAAGGAUCCAUAAACAAGGAUGGUGCUGCCGGCGUUGUACUCAAUGGCACCCACGACGUCGUGGACAAGGAUCCUGCCUGCGGUGGCGGCGAUGGUGAGGAUCAUGGAAGCAAUGCCGGCGUUGCUCAGGCUGCUCCGGCAGCAGCUGGAGCUAAGCCGGACGACACAGCCUAAGCUAGCUGGGAACAUGCAUGCAUGCA